ACAACCGAGACUAAGCUACGUGAUCUCAAAUGCAUCUUUUUCUCUAUAAACACAAAAGGAAUUAAUUGCAUUGACAUCCGACUCCUUGGCUGUGAAGAUGGCAGAAAGCGAGGUGGACACGCCGAGCACCCCGAUAGAGUACGAGAGCAAAUACUUCGAGCAUGAUGGAGUUCGCCUUCCUCCGUUUUGUCGAGGGAAGAUGGACGAGAUCGCCAACUUCUCCCUCAGAAGUAGUGACAUAUGGAUUGUUACUUACCCGAAAUCAGGUACGAGCCUGCUGCAGGAGGUAGUGUAUCUUGUGAGUCAGGGGGUGGACCCAGAUGAAAUUGGACUCAUGAAUAUUGAUGAGCAACUUCCAGUGUUGGAGUAUCCUCAGCCUGGCUUAGAUAUUAUUCAGGAGCUGACAUCACCCCGCCUGAUCAAAAGUCACCUGCCGUACCGCUUCCUCCCCACGGCCAUGCAUAACGGCGAGGGGAAGGUUAUCUACAUGGCCAGGAAUCCUAAAGACCUGGUGGUCUCCUACUACCAGUUUCACCGCUCUUUAAGAACCAUGAGCUACCGUGGAACCUUUCAGGAGUUCUGUCGCCGCUUUAUGAACGACAAGUUAGGAUAUGGCUCCUGGUUUGAGCAUGUGCAGGAAUUCUGGGAACAUCGCAUGGACUCAAAUGUCCUCUUUCUAAAACAUGAGGAUAUGUACAAGGACCUGGCUACGCUGGUGGAACAGUUGGCACGGUUCCUGGGUAUCUCGUGUGAUAAGGCUCAGCUGGAAAGCAUGGUGGAGAGCUGCAAUCAGCUUAUUGAGCAGUGCUGUAACUCAGAGGCUCUGUCCAUCUGCAGGGGUCGCGUGGGCCUGUGGAAGGACAUCUUCACUGUGUCCAUGAACGACAAGUUUGAUGCUGUGUACCGACAGAAGAUGGGGAAAUCUGAUCUUACCUUUGAUUUUGUUCUGUGAGUGAACCACAUGGCGAUCAGGACUCAACCAAUCAGACCAACCUGCUCAGCUUGACACUGUCUGCACUUGCUUGAAUGGCCCCUUAUACACCUUCCACUUCUUCACCCUCCUUUCCCUUCCUUCCCAAUUUCAUCUCCAGCCUGACUUAGCUUAUGUGUUUAAAAAAAAAAAAAAAAAAAGUUGCUCCUUGGUAGAAGAAUUGAAUCAGCACAUGUAACACUGCAAAGGUAAAUUUGAUCCAAAAUCGAUAUGUAAAGAUAUUUUCCACCCGGAGCUUCAUCAUCAAGUGUGUUUGCAGCGUGUUUGUGUAAUACAGUGCAUCAGCAAUGCUUUAAUGCUUUAGCCUGGUGACAAGUGUGAGUAAAAUGCUCGGUGCAUUACAUAUUGUAUAGAGCUCUUCUUAUAGUACCCAUUUAUGAAAUGUAUAUUUAUCAAAUAUGGGAAAUACGUCAUUUAUAUUCUAUAAACUAAAACCUCAUUACAAAGUCUGAGAGAUGUUCGGAAAUGUUUCCAACGUUUGCUUGAUUUCUUAGCUUUUCGUAAAAAAAAUAAUUUGAUGACAAGAUGAUAUAUUGUAUACGCAUUCAGCCAAUCACAGGUGUGUGUCCUAGCACUGAAAGUUUUGACAGAUUGAAAUAUUUGUAAAGUCAAUCAUCUUUGUUUCUUAGUUGUGUUCUGAGAAUAUUGAUACACUGAUAAAUAUCGUUUAUGUUUGCUGAACUGAACAGUAUAACAGAUUAUGUUUCUACACAUGUGCAUGCAUACUUAGCAGUUUAUAGUGUGUGUGUGUGUGUGUGUGUGUGCGUGUGUGUGUGUGCGUAUGAGUGGCAUCAACACUUUUAAGCAAUAUUUUAUCAUUUACAGCAGCCUGGUAUAUUGUGCAAGCUCUGUGUUGAUAGAGUCAGGAUAAUGCUUUCUGCUUCAAGUUCAGCAUCUCCAGUUCAAUUCCAUCAUGUGUAUAAAAGAUUAGGACAGACAGCGCGGGGGUGGACAAAUAAUUAAAUUGAUUAGCGAGUCACUGGGCAAGUAAAAGCGCUGGUGUGCUACCCAGUCAAAGGUUUCGAUUCCCCAGUAAUUUAACUGGUUAGGCUAAAAAGUUGUAGCUAACAUGAUGCAAUAAAGUUUGGAGUGCUAGUUCACAGGCC